AUGAGCUCAUCCGCCACCACCAGCCCACGCGAUUACGAGGCCGCCUUGGCCAAGCUCAACCUGUUGGCCUCGAACCGGGCCAUCACCACGCUCUUUGAGACGCCACGACAAGGCGGCGGCGGCGGCGGCGGCGACGGCCCGACAUCACCGUCACCGCCCGCCGCGCUGGACCUCAACGCGCAGGCCCUCCCAGAGAUGCUCACGUGGCUCCGCCGCGCCGGCUACACGCCGCGCGACCUCGCCGCCAUGCGGCACAUUCACGUCGCGGGCACCAAGGGCAAGGGCUCCGUGUGCGCCUUUGCCACGUCGUUGCUGCGCACCGCGUACCGGCAGCGCGGCGGAGAGCCGCGGCCGGUGGGUACGUACACGAGCCCGCACCUGGUCAGCCCGCGGGAGCGCAUCGCCGUUGACGGCGAGCCCGUGAGCCAGGCCGCGUUUGCCACAGCCUUUUGGCAGCUGUGGGAUCGCUUCACCGCGGCGGCCCUCGCCGAGGGCCAGCCGCGCGACGUGGCCGAGGGCCCCGCGUCGAAGCCGUUUUACUUUCGCUUCCUGACGAUCCUGGCGUGGCACGUGUUCCUGAGCGCGGGCGUGCGCGACGUGGUCAUGGAGUGCGGCAUCGGCGGCGAGCAUGACGCGACCAAUGUCCUGCCGCCCGAGGCCGUCUCGGCCGCGGUCGUGGCACAGCUGGGCAUCGACCAUGUCGCAAUGCUGGGCGGCACCGUGGAGGAGAUUGCCUGGCACAAGGCGGGCAUCUUCAAACCCGGCGUGGCGGCUUUUACGCUUGGCAGCGCGCCGCCCGUCAUGGACGUCCUGAGGCGGCGCGCCGUGGAGCGACAGGCACGGCUCUUCGAGGCGGACGAGGAGGCGGUGGACGCGUGGGCCGGCGUUGAGAGCGCCCUGCAUGGCGACUUUCAGAAGCGCAACCAGGCGCUCGCCGUGCUCGCCGUCCAGGAGCACCUCGGCAUCCGGGACGAGGCGGCCAGCACGGCCGAGACGCUGGGGCAUCUCUCGGCGACUAUGGUGACGGGCCUGCGUGCAGCGACGCUGCGCGGGCGCUGCGAGACGCUCCACGACGAGGCACACGGCGUGCAGUGGAUGCUCGACGGCGCGCACACGCGCGACAGCAUCGAGCAGGUGGCCCGGUGGCUGGCGCAGAGCCUGGCCGCGGACGAGUUGGUGACUCUCGUCUUUAAUCAGCAGGAACGCGACGCGCCCGCGUUGCUGGCGCACCUCGUGGACACGACGGCCGCGGCCGCGGCGAGGGGCCCCGACGUCUUCUCCCGGGCGCUGUUUACGAGGAACGAGCAGGCGGCGUCAGACCAUGGCGGCGACUUGAGCGUGCAGGAAGCGCUGGCCGGGACGAUGAGGACGCUCGCGCCUGGGUGUAGCGUGAGUGUGUUUGACAACGUGCAGAGUGCGGUGGCGGAGGUGAGGAAGACGGCGGGCGGACGCGGCAAGACGCAAAAAGUGCUGGUCACUGGGAGUUUACACCUCGUUGGGGGUAUCAUGCGGGCUUUGGAGCCCGAUGGUCUAUUAUAA